GUUUUCCCCAUCAACCCCCACGCAAGCUCGCACGCACAGUGUCACAGAAGGCCACAGCAACAGAGAGGAGAAGCGAGGCGAAGCGAAGCGAACGGUGGGGGGAGCGACUUCUCCGAGGCCUCAUUUCCAUGGCGACCAAAGUCUACAUCGUGUACUAUUCCAUGUAUGGACAUGUGGAGAGGCUGGCUGAAGAGAUAAAAAAGGGAGCUGCCUCUGUUGAAGGAGUUGAUGCAAAAUUAUGGCAGGUGGAUGAGACGCUGCCAGAGGAGGUGCUUUCGAAGAUGAGUGCACCUCCCAAGAGUGAUGUACCAGUCAUUGCACCAAACGAUCUUGCUGAGGCCGAUGGAUUCGUUUUUGGUUUCCCAACAAGAUUUGGCAUGAUGGCUGCUCAAUUCAAAGCCUUCCUCGAUGCAACUGGAGGUUUGUGGAGGACACAAAAGCUUGCAGGCAAGCCUGCUGGAAUAUUCUAUAGCACUGGAUCUCAAGGCGGUGGGCAGGAGACUACAGCGUUGACUGCUAUCACGCAGUUGGUCCACCAUGGGAUGAUUUUUGUCCCCAUAGGAUAUACCUUUGGGGCCGGCAUGUUUGAGAUGGAGAAAGUAAAAGGCGGUAGCCCAUAUGGCGCGGGGACUUAUGCUGGUGAUGGCUCGAGACAACCCUCUGAGCUCGAGCUGGAGCAAGCUUUUCAUCAAGGGAAGUACAUCGCUGCCAUUACAAAGAAGCUCAAGGGAGCUGCCUGAAGUGACCCGUAUGAUUUGCCGAUAUUAUUGUGCCUAUCCUAUUUCUCGAUUCUUUUUACAAACAAUUUCAGAUCCUACCUUAAAACUCAUUCCAGUCAAUAAUCCUGUUUUGUGAAGUAUAUUCUUCGUACUUGUAUCGCGAAGUACAGUGUUUGUCUUUUCUUGAUAUAAAAGUUUUUAGUCGCUUGAUCUGUCGAAUUGCAGUCUUAAAAGUUAAAGUACACCGGGGAGUCACGGUGUUGUUCGUUCAAGUUGUUGGGCAUCUGUUUCUAUUUGAGGAAUCAAAUAUUGAACUUUGAUAACAA